GUCAGCGUUGCUGUUUUUGUUGUGUUUCACCUUAAUUUAAAGUUGAGAGCGCUUGACAAUUCUCAAUUUAGCGUACGUCCUAGAAAUUUGUGUUAGACUGUGGACGCAUUUUUUUUGCAAGCUGGGGGCCCCGUAUCAUAUGACUGAUACGGAGGUAGUUACUACCCUAAUGCCUCGACUGGCGCUACUGAAUUCACACAUCAGAGAAAAGCUUAAAAUCGAAACGCUCGGUUCCACGGACGCUACUGAAGUCCAGUUUUGGGUGUAGGUGUGCCAUAUGCAUAUCAUCAUAUAUCAUGGUCGGUAUGAAAAAUAAUGACCUCACAAAAGGAAACUUUAUCAUUCAGUGAAGACGAACAUUCUGAUUAUCUCACAGAUACGCCGAUCAUCGGAAUAUUAAGUCAGGAAACUUACAUUUUGAGGAACUACAUAGGAGAAUUUCACCAUAGCUUCAUAGUAGCAUCGUAUGUCAAGUUCUUGGAAAGUGCUGGAGCCCGAGUUAUACCAGUCUGGAUUGGCAAAGAUGAUGAUUACUAUAGAAAAGUUGUAAACUAUACUAAUGGAGUCCUCUUUCCCGGAGGAGGCACCUACUUCAACGAAACAGGAGGAUACGGCGAGGCGGCCAGAAAAUUGUACAAUUUGGCGAAAGUCGUUAAUGAUAAAGGCACAUACUAUCCCAUCUUCGGAGUUUGCUUAGGCUUGCAAGUGUUACCGUACGCGGAAAAAGGCGAUGACAUCAGAACCGACUGCGAGCUGAAACACGUUGCACUUCCUCUGAAGUUUGCUGAAGAUUAUGAGAAGAGUAAGAUGUUUUCGAAGGCUCCGGAUGAAGUGAUAAACAUCCUGAAAACGAAAAAUGUAACGUACAAUUUCCACCGAUUCUGCCUGACCGAAGAGACGUUGCGAGGCGACAAACUGUUGCAAGAAUGGAAAGUAACAUCGACCGAUAAAGACAUCAAUGGCAUUGAGUUCGUUUCGUCCAUGGAAAAUUCCAAGUAUCCGUUUUACGGGGUGCAGUUUCACCCGGAGAAAAACGUGUUCGAAUUUAAGGCAGGAGUUGGAAUACCACAUAGUGUGGAGGCUGUGAAAGUAACCCAGUAUUUCGCGAAUUUUUUCGUGGAGGAAUGCAGGAAGAAUGGAAACAAGUUUCCGGAUCAUAAUUUAGAAGAAAGAACGCUCAUCUAUAAUUAUCAGCCGAUUUAUACCGGUAUGAAAGGCUCAGCCUAUGAGCAGACGUACGUUUUUGAAAAGAGCGAUUUAGAACAGUCAGUGUUAUAAAAUAUUGUAUUCUGUUAUUGUGAUAUUUUGAAUAAACGCUUAGCUUAUCUAUCUAUCUAUCUGAUAGGAUCUAUA